AUGUCCCGACAGCCCUAUAUCCGGAUCUCCCUGUUCCUCAAGCGCAAGGAGGAUAUGACUCCUGAAGCCUUCCAUGAAUUUUGGGAAACGACGCACGCCGAUUUUGCUCUGAAAAUCCCUGGCUUCAAGCAGAUCGCCAAACGAUACACGCAGUACCAUGCCGUUCCUGAACUUCAGUCCAUGGCAGCUGUAGUGGGAACCCCCGCCCUAGAUUUCGAUGGAGUGGCUGAGUUGUGGGUGGAGCGCGUAGAGGACUACGCCAAGACCAUGGGGGAGGCAGAGGUGGUUGAGGCUUGCAAAGAGGAGGCGACAAAUUUUCUCGGUCCCGGAACCCGCAUCAUGAUCGGAUAUGAGACCUUGGUGCUCGGGGAGCCAGUGCCCGGACUGCCCCAGCAGCCAUUCUACCAGCGGUAA